AUGGACGUGGACUUGGACGUGGACGUGUACGUGGACGUGGACGUGGACGUGGACGUGGUCGUGGACGUGGACGUGGACUUGGACGUGGACGUGGACGUGGACGUGGACGUGGACUUGGAGGUGGUCGUGGACGUGGACGUGGACGUGGACGUGGUCGUGGAGGUGGACGUGGACGUGGACGUGGACGUGGACUUGGACGUGGACGUGGACGUGGACGUGGACCUGCACGUUGACCUGGACGUGGACGUGGACGUGGACGUGGACGUGGACGUGGUCGUGGACGUGGACGUGGUCGUGGACGUGGACGUGGUCGUGGAGGUGGACGUGGACCUGGACGUGGACCUGGACGUGGACGUGGACGUGGACGUGGUCGUGGACGUGGACCUGGACGUGGACGUGGACGUGGUCGUGGACGUGGACCUGGUCGUGGACGUGGACGUGAACGUGGACGUGGACUUUGACGUGGACGUGGACGUGGACGUGGACGUGGACGUGGACGUGGUCGUGGACGUGGACGUGGACGUGGACGUGGACGUGGAUGUGGUCGUGGACGUGGUCGUAGACUUCGACGUGGACGUGGAGGUGGUCGUGGACUUGGAGGUGGUCGUGGACGUGGACGUGGACGUGGACGUGGACGUGGUCGUGGACGUGGUCGUGGACUUGGACGUGGACUUGGACGUGGACGUGGACGUGGACAUGGAUGUGGACUUGGACGGGGACGUGGACGUGGUCGUGGAGGUGGACGUGGGCUUGGACUUGGACUUGGACUUGGACGUGGACGUGGACGUGGACUUGGACGUGGACGUGGACGUGGACGUGGACUUGGACGUGGACGUGGACGUGGACGUGGUCGUGGACGUGGACGUGAACUUGGACGUGGUCGUGGACGUGGUCGUGGACGUGGACGUGGACUUAGACUUGGACGUGGACGUGGACGUGGUCGUGGACGUGGACGUGGACAUGGACUUGGACGUGGACGUGGUCUUGGACGUAGACGUGGACGUGGACGUGGUCGUGGACGUGGACGUGGUCGUGGACGUGGACGUGGACGUGGAGGUGGACUUGGAGGUGGUCGUGGACGUGGACGUGGACGUGGACGUGGACUUGGACGUGGACGUGGACGUGGACGUGGACGUGGACGUGGACGUGGACGUGGACGUGGACGUGGACGUGGACGUGGACCUGGACGUGGUCGUGGACGUGGACGUGGACGUGGACGUGGUCGUGGACGUGGUCGUGGACGUGGACGUGGUGACGUGGACGUGGACGUGGACGUGGACGUACGUGGACGUGGUCGUGGACGUGGACGUGGUCGUGGACGUGGACGUGGACGUGGACCUGGAGGUGGACUUGGUCGUGGACGUGGACGUGGACGUGGACGUGGACGUGGACUUGGACGUGGACGUGGACGUGGACGUGGACGUGGACGUGGACGUGGACUUGGACGUGGACGUGGUCGUGGACUUGGACGUGGACGUGGACGUGGUCGUGGACCUGGACGUGGACGUGGACGUGGACUUGGACGUGGUCGUGGACGUGGACGUGGACGUGGACGUGGUCGUGGAGGUGGUCGUGGAGGUGGACGUGGACGUGGACGUGGACGUGGACGUGGUCGUGGACGUGGUCGUGGACGUGGACGUGGACGUGGACGUGGACGUGGACGUGGUCGUGGACGUGGACGUGGACGUGGACGUGGACGUGGACGUGGUCGUGGACGUGGACGUGGACGUGGACGUGGUCGUGGACGUGGACGUGGACGUGGACGUGGUCGUGGACGUGGUCGUGGACGUGGUCGUGGACGUGGACGUAGACGUGGUCGUGGACGUGGUCGUGGACGUGGACGUGGACUUGGACUUAGACGUGGACGUGGACGUAGACCUGGACGUGGACGUGGUCGCCGUGGACGUGGACGUGGAUGUGGUCGUGGACGUGGACGUGGACGUGGACGUGGACGUGGACGUGGUCGUGGACGUGGACGUGGACGUGGACGUCGACGUGGACCUGGACGUGGACGUGGACGUGGACGUGGACGUGGGCGUGGUCGUGGACCUGGACCUGGACCUGGACGUGGACGUGGACGUGGACGUGGACGUGGACGUGGACGUGGACGUGGACGUGGACGUGGACGUCGACGUGGACCUGGACGUGGACGUGGACGUGGACGUGGGCGUGGUCGUGGACGUGGACCUGGACCUGGACGUGGACGUGGACGUGGACGUGGACGUGGACGUGGACGUGGACGUGGUCGUGGACGUGGACGUGGACGUGGACGUGGACGUGGACGUGGACCUGGUCGUGGACGUGGACGUGGACGUGGACGUGGUCGUGGAGGUGGACGUGGACUUGGACGUGGACGUGGACGUGGACGUGGACGUGGUCGUGGACGUGGACGUGGACGUGGACGUGGUCGUGGAGGUGGACGUGGACGUGGACGUGGACGUGGACUUGGACGUGGACGUGGACGUGGACGUGGACCUGCACGUUGACCUGGACGUGGACGUGGACGUGGACGUGGACGUGGACGUGGACGUGGACGUGGACCUGCACGUUGACGUGGACGUGGACGUGGACGUGGACGUGGACGUGGACGUGGUCGUGGACGUGGACGUGGUCGUGGACGUGGACGUGGUCGUGGAUGUGGACGUGGACCUGGACGUGGACCUGGACGUGGACAUGGACGUGGACGUGGUCGUGGACGUGGACGUGGACGUGGACGUGGUCGUGGACGUGGACUUGGUCGUGGACGUGGACGUGAACGUGGACGUGGAUUUUGACGUGGACGUGGUCGUGGACGUGGACGUGGACGUGGUCGUGGACGUGGACGUGGACGUGGACGUGGACGUGGACGUGGUCGUGGACGUGGUCGUAGACUUCGACGUGGACGUGGAGGUGGUCGUGGACUUGGAGGUGGUCGUGGACGUGGACGUGGACGUGGACGUGGACGUGGUCGUGGACGUGGUCGUGGACUUGGACGUGGACUUGGACGUGGACGUGGACGUGGACGUGGAUGUGGACUUGGACGGGGACGUGGACGUGGUCGUGGAGGUGGACGUGGGCUUGGACUUGGACUUGGACUUGGACGUGGACGUGGACGUGGACUUGGACGUGGACGUGGACGUGGACGUGGACUUGGACGUGGACGUGGACGUGGACGUGGUCGUGGACGUGGACGUGAACUUGGACGUGGUCGUGGACGUGGUCGUGGACGUGGACGUGGACUUAGACUUGGACGUGGACGUGGACGUGGUCGUGGACGUGGACGUGGACAUGGACUUGGACGUGGACGUGGUCUUGGACGUGGACGUGGACGUGGACGUGGACGUGGUCGUGGACGUGGACGUGGUCGUGGACGUGGACGUGGACGUGGAGGUGGACUUGGAGGUGGUCGUGGACGUGGACGUGGACGUGGACGUGGACUUGGACGUGGACGUGGACGUGGACCUGGACGUGGACGUGGACGUGGACGUGGACGUGGACUUGGACGUGGAAGUGGACGUGGUCGUGGACGUGGACGUGAACUUGGACGUGGUCGUGGACGUGGUCGUGGACGUGGACGUGAACUUAGACUUGGACGUGGACGUGGACGUGGUCGUGGACGUGGACGUGGACAUGGACUUGGACGUGGACGUGGUCUUGGACGUGGACGUGGACGUGGACGUGGUCGUGGACGUGGACGUGGUCGUGGACGUGGACGUGGACGUGGAGGUGGACUUGGAGGUGGUCGUGGACGUGGACGUGGACGUGGACGUGGACUUGGACGUGGACGUGGACGUGGACCUGGACGUGGACGUGGACGUGGACGUGGACGUGGACCUGGACGUGGACGUGGACGUGGACGUGGACGUGGACCUGGACGUGGUCGUGGACGUGGACGUGGAGGUGGACGUGGACGUGGAGGUGGACUUGGAGGUGGUCGUGGACGUGGACGUGGACGUGGACGUGGACUUGGACGUGGACGUGGACGUGGACCUGGACGUGGACGUGGACGUGGACGUGGACGUGGACGUGGACGUGGACGUGGACGUGGACGUGGUCGUGGACGUGGACGUGAACUUGGACGUGGUCGUGGACGUGGUCGUGGACGUGGACGUGGACUUAGACUUGGACGUGGACGUGGACGUGGUCGUGGACGUGGACGUGGACAUGGACUUGGACGUGGACGUGGUCUUGGACGUGGACGUGGACGUGGACGUGGUCGUGGACGUGGACGUGGUCGUGGACGUGGACGUGGACGUGGAGGUGGACUUGGAGGUGGUCGUGGACGUGGACGUGGACGUGGACGUGGACGUGGACUUGGACGUGGACGUGGACGUGGACCUGGACGUGGACGUGGACGUGGACGUGGACGUGGACCUGGACGUGGACGUGGACGUGGACGUGGACGUGGACCUGGACGUGGUCGUGGACGUGGACGUGGACGUGGACGUGGUCGUGGACGUGGUCGUGGACGUGGACGUGGUGACGUGGACGUGGACGUGGACGUGGACGUACGUGGACGUGGUCGUGGACGUGGACGUGGUCGUGGACGUGGACGUGGACGUGGACCUGGAGGUGGACUUGGUCGUGGACGUGGACGUGGACGUGGACGUGGACGUGGACGUGGUCGUGGACGUGGUCGUGGACGUGGACGUGGACGUGGACGUGGACGUGGACGUGGACGUGGACGUGGACGUGGACGUGGACGUGGAUGUGGACGUGGACGUGGUCGUGGACGUGGACGUGGACGUGGUUGUGGAUGUGGACCUGGACGUGGACGUGGUCGCCGUGGACGUGGACGUGGAUGUGGUCGUGGACGUGGACGUGGACGUGGACGUGGACGUGGACGUGGUCGUGGACGUGGACGUGGACGUGGACGUGGACCUGGACGUGGACGUGGACGUGGACGUGGACGUGGGCGUGGUCGUGGAUGUGGACCUGGACCUGGACGUGGACGUGGACGUGGUCGUGGACGUGGACCUCGUCGUGGACGUGGACGUGGACGUGGACUCGGACGUGGACGUGGACGUGGACGUGGACGUGGACGUGGACCUGGUCGUGGACGUGGACGUGGACGUGGACGUGGUCGUGGAGGUGGACGUGGACUUGGACGUGGACGUGGUCGUGGACGUGGACGUGGACGUGGACGUGGUCGUGGACGUGGACGUGGACUUGGACGUGGACGUGGACGUGGACGUGGACGUGGACGUGGACUUGGAGGUGGUCGUGGACGUGGACGUGGACGUGGUCGUGGAGGUGGACGUGGACGUGGACGUGGACGUGGACUUGGACGUGGACGUGGACGUGGACGUGGACCUGCACGUUGACCUGGACGUGGACGUGGACGUGGACGUGGACGUGGUCGUGGACGUGGACGUGGUCGUGGACGUGGACGUGGUCGUGGAGGUGGACGUGGACCUGGACGUGGACCUGGACGUGGACGUGGACGUGGACGUGGUCGUGGACGUGGACCUGGACGUGGACGUGGACGUGGUCGUGGACGUGGACCUGGUCGUGGACGUGGACGUGAACGUGGACGUGGACUUUGACGUGGACGUGGACGUGGACGUGGACGUGGACGUGGUCGUGGACGUGGACGUGGACGUGGACGUGGUCGUGGACGUGGUCGUGGACUUCGACGUGGACUUGGACGUGGACGUGGACGUGGACGUGGACGUGGACUUGGACGGGGACGUGGACGUGGUCGUGGAGGUGGACGUGGACUUGGACUUGGACUUGGACUUGGACGUGGACGUGGACGUGGUCGUGGACGUGGACCUGGACGUGGACGUGGACGUGGUCGUGGACGUGGACCUGGUCGUGGACGUGGACGUGAACGUGGACGUGGACUUUGACGUGGACGUGGACGUGGACGUGGACGUGGACGUGGUCGUGGACGUGGACGUGGACGUGGACGUGGUCGUGGACGUGGUCGUGGACUUCGACGUGGACUUGGACGUGGACGUGGACGUGGACGUGGACGUGGACUUGGACGGGGACGUGGACGUGGUCGUGGAGGUGGACGUGGACUUGGACUUGGACUUGGACUUGGACGUGGACGUGGACGUGGACUUGGACGUGGACGUGGACGUGGACGUGGACUUGGACGUGGACGUGGACGUGGUCGUGGACGUGGACGUGAACUUGGACGUGGUCGUGGACGUGGUCGUGGACGUGGACGUGGACUUAGACUUGGACGUGGACGUGGACGUGGUCGUGGACGUGGACGUGGACAUGCACUUGGACGUGGACGUGGUCUUGGACGUGGACGUGGACGUGGACGUGGUCGUGGACGUGGACGUGGUCGUGGACGUGGACGUGGACGUGGAGGUGGACUUGGAGGUGGUCGUGGACGUGGACGUGGACGUGGACGUGGACUUGGACGUGGACGUGGACGUGGACCUGGACGUGGACGUGGACGUGGACGUGGACGUGGACGUGGACCUGGACGUGGACGUGGACGUGGACGUGGACGUGGACGUGGACCUGGACGUGGUCGUGGACGUGGACGUGGACGUGGACGUGGUCGUGGACGUGGUCGUGGACGUGGACGUGGUGGACUUGGUCGUGGACGUGGACGUGGACGUGGACGUGGACGUGGACUUGGACGUGGACGUGGACGUGGACGUGGACGUGGACUUGGACGUGGACGUGGUCGUGGACGUGGACGUGGACGUGGACGUGGUUGUGGACCUGGACGUGGACGUGGACGUGGACGUGGACGUGGACUUGGACGUGGUCGUGGACGUGGACGUGGACGUGGACGUGGACGUGGACGUGGUCGUGGUCGUGGAGGUGGACGUGGACGUGGACGUGGACGUGGACGUGGACGUGGACGUGGUCGUGGACGUGGUCGUGGACGUGGACGUGGACGUGGACGUGGACGUGGACGUGGACGUGGUCGUGGACGUGGACGUGGACGUGGACGUGGACGUGGUCGUGGACGUGGACGUGGACGUGGACGUGGACGUGGACGUGGACGUGGACGUGGUCGUGGACGUGGUCGUGGACGUGGUCGUGGAUGUGGACGUGGACGUGGUCGUGGACGUGGUCGUGGACGUGGACGUGGACGUGGACUUGAC